CGGGGCGGGGCGGGGCUAUGGAGAGGAGGAGGAAGAUGGCGGGAGGGCGGCUCUGAGGAGACCUCGGCGGCGGCGGAGGAGGAGAGAAGCGCAGCUUCGCGCAGCGCCGGGGCCCAUGUGGGGAGGAGUCGGAGUCGCUGUUGCCGCCGCCGCCGCCUGUAGCUGCCGGAGCCGGGUGGGAGUGAGGGGGACACGGCAGGAUGAAGUUCGCCGAGCACCUCUCCGCGCACAUCACUCCCGAGUGGAGGAAGCAGUACAUCCAGUAUGAGGCAUUCAAGGAUAUGCUGUAUUCAGCUCAGGACCAGGCACCUUCUGUUGAAGUUACAGAUGAGGAUACAGUUAAGAGAUAUUUUGCCAAGUUUGAAGAAAAGUUUUUCCAAACCUGUGAAAAGGAACUUGCCAAAAUCAACACAUUUUAUUCAGAGAAGUUGGCAGAGGCUCAACGCAGGUUUGCUACACUUCAGAAUGAGCUUCAGUCAUCACUGGAUGUGCAGAAAGAAAGCACUGGUGUCACAACAUUGCGACAACGCAGAAAGCCAGUGUUCCAUCUGUCCCACGAGGAGCGUGUCCAACAUAGGAAUAUUAAAGACCUUAAACUGGCCUUCAGCGAGUUCUACCUCAGUCUCAUCCUGCUGCAGAACUAUCAGAAUCUGAAUUUUACAGGGUUUCGAAAAAUCCUUAAAAAGCAUGACAAGAUCCUGGAAACAUCUCGUGGAGCAGAUUGGCGAGUGGCUCACGUGGAGGUGGCCCCAUUUUAUAUUUGCAAGAAAAUCAACCAGCUCAUUUCUGAGACUGAGGCUGUGGUCACCAACGAACUUGAAGAUGGUGACAGACAAAAGGCUAUGAAGAGAUUACGGGUCCCUCCAUUGGGAGCUGCUCAGCCUGCACCAGCAUGGACUACUUUUAGAGUUGGCCUAUUUUGUGGAAUAUUCAUUGUGCUGAAUAUUACCCUUGUGUUUGCAGCUGUAUUUAAACUUGAAACAGAUAGAACUGUAUGGCCCUUGAUAAGAAUCUAUCGGGGUGGCUUUCUUCUGAUUGAAUUCCUUUUUCUACUGGGCAUCAACACAUAUGGUUGGAGACAAGCUGGAGUAAAUCAUGUCCUCAUCUUUGAACUUAAUCCAAGAAACAAUUUGUCUCAUCAGCAUCUCUUUGAGAUUGCUGGAUUCCUGGGGAUAUUAUGGUGCCUGAGCCUUCUGGCAUGCUUCUUUGCUCCAAUUAGCAUCAUCCCUAUAUAUGUGUAUCCACUUGCCCUUUAUGGGUUUAUGGUCUUCUUUCUUAUCAACCCCACCAAAACUUUCUACUAUAAAUCCAGAUUUUGGCUGCUUAAACUUUUGUUUCGAGUAUUUACUGCUCCAUUCCAUAAGGUAGGCUUUGCUGAUUUCUGGCUGGCCGAUCAGCUGAACAGCCUGUCAGUGAUCCUCAUGGACCUGGAAUAUAUGAUCUGCUUCUACAGUUUUGAGCUUAAAUGGGAUGAGAGUAAGGGCCUGUUGCCAACUGAUCUGCAAGAACCAGAAUUUUGCCACAGUUAUACGUAUGGUGUGCGAGCCAUUGUUCAGUGCAUUCCUGCUUGGCUUCGCUUCAUCCAGUGCCUGCGCCGGUACCGUGACACAAGAAGAGCCUUUCCUCAUCUAGUAAACGCUGGCAAAUACUCCACAACUUUCUUCACCGUGACAUUUGCAGCCCUUUACAGCACUCACAAAGAACGAGGUCACUCUGACACCAUGGUGUUCUUUUACCUGUGGGUCGUCUUUUGUAUCAUCAGUUCCUGCUAUACCCUCAUCUGGGAUCUCAAGAUGGACUGGGGUCUCUUUGAUAAGAAUGCAGGAGAAAAUACUUUUCUCCGGGAAGAAAUUGUAUACCCUCAAAAGGCCUACUACUACUGUGCCAUCAUAGAAGACGUGAUUCUGCGCUUCACGUGUACCAUCCAAAUCUCUAUCACUGCUACAACUCUGAAGCCUCAUGUUGGGGACAUCAUUGCUACUGUCUUUGCCCCCCUUGAGGUUUUCCGGCGAUUUGUGUGGAAUUUCUUCCGCCUGGAGAAUGAACAUCUAAAUAACUGUGGUGAAUUCCGAGCCGUGCGGGACAUCUCUGUGGCCCCCCUUAACGCGGAUGACCAGACACUACUUGAGCAGAUGAUGGACCAGGAGGAUGGGGUGCGAAACCGCCAGAAGAACCGGUCGUGGAAGUACAACCAGAGCAUAUCCCUGCGCCGGCCUCGCCUGGCUUCCCAAUCCAAGGCUCGCGACACUAAGGUGUUGAUAGAAGACACAGAUGACGAAGCUAACACUUGAAUUCACUGAAGUCUAGAGUAACAUCCUUGGUUUCCUCCUCUACAAUUCUUUCCUCGACCAACGCAACCUCCAGCACCUUUUUCCAGCUGAGAACAGGAGAAAACAGAACACGUUUCCGGGCUCUUCAGAUCGGGUCCUAUGGACUCCGAGCAAGCUCACUGUGUUUCUUUUCUUUUCUUCUGGUUUAAUCUUCAUUUUCUAUUUUUAAAACAAAUACUUCAUUUUGCCAAUCAGAAGAUGUUUUAAGGAACAAAAACCUAAUAUCUUAUGGAUUGUUUACAAUCACAGAGAUACAGACACCUAUCAGGAUGAGGAGCAGGCAUCGGAAGGAGCCUCUGAUGCACAGCAUGGGACGGCUCAGCUUCGCCGGCCCGGUUUGACUGUUUGAAACCGGACACUGGUUUUUAAAUUUUCUGUCAGUUUCUAUGGAGAGUUUUUCCCUUCCUUCACAGCCAGCGCAGAUGCACUGGCAGCACUUGCAGGGAAAGUGCAGCUUGGAGCAGCACCCUCCUCCACAACGCUACUUUUAAUUUGAUGUGACUUUUCUCAUCUGGGGAGGGCUUCGGGUGGGUGGGGAAUAUAUGUUUGUUACAUGCAGUUUCUCAUUAUUUAUGAAACUUAACCAUAAAUGAAUGCUACUCCUGUGAAGGGAGGCAGGAGGAACUAAGGCUAGCUGGCUUUGCUGAGGGUCAAGCCCACACACCUCUUUGAGGAAACAACUUGUACCAAUUUGAUUUUUUUUCCCUCAUUUGUUUUAACUUUAAGCCAAAGUUUUAUUGCUAAAUUUUAAGUUGCUGCUCUGGAGUCCCAAGCGUCACUGUCAUGACCAGGCAUCCCUCCUGUGUCCCAGUGGUGGGCAGUCAGAGAAAAGGUCCUGGCAGUUGUUCCUUUAGGAGCAGGUGCAGGAUACAGUCACCCAUAGACCAGUCGCAGCAAGAAAGUUUUGCCAUGAGCUUCUGCAUGCAGGAGAAUUGUCAUCUUUACUGACCAAAUGGAAAGACAGGCCUAUUUCAGACUCCUCACACCUUCAUUAGACAUUUCCCCUUCUGGCCUCAUCUACUUCAGCCAGAAUUUGAUCAAAUUAAAAGUCUUUUGUGGAGACUGUAUUUUUGAGCAUCUAGAACAAAUCCUCCCUCCUUCAUACUGCGUUUUCACAAAAGAUCUUAGUGGCCAUUGUAAGCCCAGCUGCUGUAUUAAACGGUGAUGUUGAAUUUUAUGACACAACUCCCCCCCCCCCCCCCAGACCUGCUUUUAAAUGUGGGGCUUCUAAACCUGGUCAUACUUUUAAAAUUAUAUUUCUUAGAAAAUUCAGGGUAUAAAUACCCACUUUACGUCUUUAUCUCACCCCUUUCUUCAUAAAUUCUCUAGAGAAGCCUGAAAACAUACAGCAUUUGACUUUCUUGAAAAUGGUUAGUUUCAGAUUUGGUGUUUGUCAGCACUGGGAACAUGGAUCAUUGGCAGUAGUGGCUGCCCAGCAUUCUCUCUAGUACAGGUCGGAAAAACAGCCAUUAGUCAGUAAAAUUAUGCCCACCCCUCAGAUCCAGAUGGAAGUCCCGCGUAAGAGUCAUGAACAUUCACUCAUGUGUGCCCUUUUCAGGUUGACUUUAGACAGAGAAACCAGUGACUAGGAAAACAGCAUUAACACUUACUUGUUUUAAAACUUGGCUACAGCCCCUUAACUCUCGCUUUGUCAUUAGCUCCUCCUGCGUAUCAAACCUUUACUUAUAAAGUUACCGCACUGCUAAAAUCCUACUGAUUAACUCAUCAGCUUCCAUUUACAAAGUUUCUUCCAUUUUUAUUCUGACAAAGUUCCAUUUUUUUUCUCCUUUCUGAAUUGAGAUUUUUAACAACCCCCCCCCCAAAAGCUCACUCAAUGUUGUAGGUUCUGUUGCUUUUUGUGUUUUGCCAAGCGUGUCCCUUGCCCCAAAACUAAAGAGCAAACGUUUAUUUAAAAUAAAAACAAAACUAUAAAUAAAUUGUAUACUUUAUAAUGAUCAGUGGUACCGAUUCAGAGACCCUUGGUGGAUGGAAGGAUGCAUCAUUUCUAUUGAGACUUGUUUUCCUUACUAUUCUGGGUUUUGUACUUUAAAGCUGGGGCGAGAGUUCACUGGUUUCUGAGGGAACAGAGGUAGUGAUUAGGAAUACAUAGAAAAGUUCAGUGACCAGUCAUUUCUUGUACAAAUAAAAUCAGUGGUACUGUGUAUCCAGAGCCCUGUGAAUUGUCAGCUUCUUUCUCUAGUAGUGAGCCUGUAUGGUGGCACACACAAACUCACAGUUGACUCCCCAUAUUCUGACGCUUUGACGCCAGUUUGGUCUUUCUCUGCCUGCUAGGAUUCCAAGCCCUAACCAGUAUUAUUUCUUUCAUAAAUAAUAAGUGGUAGAGAAUAUUCCUUUUCUGAUAUCUGUCCUGUUGACUACUCAGAAGUAAGGCUUUCCUGCUGUCCAGCUCACCAUGGCAGAUGCCCCAAUAUGUGUGAAUUCAGAUAGUCCCGUUGCAUCUCCUAGCUCUGAAGAGAUUACUCCAUCAAAAGACUAUAGGAAACAACGUAUGCAUUCAUUGUUUUCCUUUGAAAACAGCAAUGUGCGUUUUUCCCCCCUCAGUUUCAUGUGCCCCAGGCACUGUGAGCAGUGUCCUGCUGAUGUGCUCUUGCAUAUCCUGUACCCUGAAACCCUUGAUGCAUCAUGCCAAUGUCGUGUUACACACUAACCAGAGGUAGCACUUAACUGGUUGUAGCCUCAGAACUCUUCAUUUUAGUUUUAUUUGAAAAGGACCCCAUUUUUAAUAGCGCUUGAAAUACCCCCAAAAGAAAUGAAAAAGAGACUGAAGUCCACUUCUCAUUUUAUACUCAAUGUAGAAAGCAGUGCAGUGCAAAGAGAUGCUACCAGUUUGUUGCUCACAAGUUAGCUUAUACCUGAAGCUGCCGCGACCACGGUUCGCUGGUGAUGUCCUCCCAUACAGAGGCAGCGUUGUGACCACAGAUGAAAUCGGUCCCAUAGUUGGGUGUAAUGGCCAUGUGCAGGUUUUUUGUCUCCAGGCCCCUAUUAUUAGACUCUUUAAAUAAACUGUUUAGCUUUAGAUUCAGGGGACACACUGUGAAAGAUGCCAGUAGCUCAGCAAGAGCCCGGAUGAACUCUCUGAGGAGGCCCUACCUCUUUGGGGCCAUGACUCCCCAGCGUUCUAAAUGAGAUCUCUUAGCUGAGUAUUAGAAGUUGCUUGUUAGUGGGUGGUGUCUCUCCAACAUGUUUCCCUGGUUUCUGAACAGGUGACCUAAGGCAAGGCAAGAGUGCAACUGAGGCACACAGAAGCACAUUGACAGGGAGUCAGCAAUAGAAAGAUUUCAUAGAUGACAGAGGACUGGGGCCCCGGCAGGCACUCAGUAAAUCAUGUGGGUUGUGUCUUCCUGUUCCUCUAUGCCUCCACUUCCUGUCACUUGCAUUAUUUAAGAAUAGUUCUUUACUCCCAAAUUCAAAUUUCCAAGCAGCAACUGCAGAGAUUUCUUAUUCUAAGGGAAAGGAUUUAGAAAUAGCACUAUCUGUGACAUUAUAUUAAAACCAUGGGAUUCUCUAGUGAUUACACUAUUUCAUAAAUAUGUUUUAGGUUGUUGUUUUUUACUAGCUUAAUAAAAUUUUCCUCCCUCUCAAUGGGAACUUUUUACUGUAAACAGUAUGCCUUGGUAUCUAAAAGUAAGGUAACUUCUUAGACUAAACUUGAUCGUGUUGAAUCUUGAACGCCCUCUGCUACAGAAACCAUACUUUUCUCUAUUCUAAUGAGCCAGUGUCAUUACUGACUAAGGGAAAAUAGAAAUUUGGGUUGCAUUUUGAAAAUGGUAAUCUGUUUUCUAACUGGUUUUUUUGGUGGUCAUUCACUUAAAUGUGAAUUUCUGCAUUUCAGCUGUCAGUCAUGAUACAAAAUGUUAAAGCUCCCAGCCAGCCUAUUUCAGGUUUAUACAAUGCCAGAACACAUGGUUGUGCGGGAGAGAGUUGAUUAGAUUGUAGCCUCAGUUUGUGGUAUUCUGUGUUAGGAAUCAGCCCUCUAGCCAGUGUUAACCACACUCUACUCAAUGAAUAUUUUUUAAAAAGCAAAAACAUGUCAUUAGACCCGCAAGAGCUGAAGUUAGAGAGUACAGAGUCUGCCUGAUGGAGAAGAGGCGCUGAUGGGCGUGGCCCCGAUGCCUUUCUCACGUGAACUUUCAAAACUGAUAACGAGUUGCCUGCCCCCUAGAAACAACCUUCAGAAUAUAUUUUCUUAUCGUGGAUGAGUAAGUGAGGGGACAAGAUGAGUCUCCCCUGAAAUGAGGAGAACCAUAUCAAUUUACAACUGAAUAUGUUUUCUUGUAGCAAACCUUCGGUUUAUUUUAUUAAACUAGUGCCAGCUUCAGUUUUUUUAUACGGUGCCAUCCACCUACAGAGGACAAUCAAAUGACCUGUUGUUUGCCUCGGAUUCAGUGUCUAUGAUUGAGUCUCCUCUUGUGUACCUCUGAACUUAACUUCCACUUGACUCCUGUCCAUCUGAACCACCACAAGGCAGAGGACAGCCUGCGGCACUGCUGGACAGAUGUGGACGUGUGAGAAAGGGCAGGGUCCUGCCUCACUGUCUCUCCAACGCUCUCUCUAAAGUUGUUGCCUGCACUUCUCCUUGUGCCCCUGGCAACACUAAUAUUGCUGUGGACAGAGAUAAGGACUGAUUGUGAUCUUAUUAUUGUUUUGAACUGUUAAGAUAAAAUUGUAAACCACUCCUAUUUCAGUUGCAAAAAAACCCAAAACCCUUGAAGCUUUCUUACAUUGUGAAGAAUUGAAGAUUGUGGGAUUUCUAGAUUUGCACAGAAGCUUGUGUCAAUGAAGAGUAUUUAGGAGGGAAAUAGGGUGAAACUUGUUACUUUUCUUUUCAAACCCUCUCCCUCUGCUGUGUACACACACACACACACCCUCCCUCUCCACACCGUGUUGGUCAAAUGAUGCUGUCCGGUGACUCCCUGAACUAUAGUUGUCAAGAGUAACUAUGAUCGUGACUAGUCCUCUGUGGGUGACUCUUGCCCCGUUUGCACCCUUCCUUUCUUUCCUACUCUCCACUCUGGUAAACGGAAAAGGUGAUGUCAAAGAAUCAAUGCUUGCUUGGACUCAUGUCGUAUCUGUGACUAUGCUAUUAGCUAUCUCCUUUUUCCUUCUUAUAUGGGUAGAAUUCUUAUGACGUGGAGUUUCCUUCUGGAUAAGUAGGUUAAAUGCACAAUGUGGUACUGUUCUAUAGAUUGUAGAUGGUGUAAAAAGCAAAAAGUUAACGUGCUUAUGUGUUUUUAAAAGAAAAUACGUGAUUGGUUACAAAACUCUGGCCUUUUUCAUUAUUACAAGCUCUGUUUUCCAACAG